AAAGUCAUUAUUGCUGAUAUCCAACAACAACUAGGCCAAGAAACUGCAGCAGAAUUUGGGCCAAAUGCCGUGUUUAUUACCUGCGAUGUUAAGAAGGAAUCCGAUGUUUCUAAUGCUGUUGAUUUUGCAGUCUCUACACACAAUCAACUCGAUAUCAUGUACAACAAUGCUGGGGUAGCCUGUAAGACUCCUGCCAGCAUUGUGGAACUUGAUCUUGCAGCAUUUGAUCGGACAAUGAACAUCAAUGUCCGAGGAGUAAUGGCUGGGAUCAAACACGCAGCACGUGUGAUGAUCCCUCGUAGAACUGGCUCCAUUUUGUGUACUGCAAGCGUUGUAGGAAUCCUUGGUGGGCUAUCACAACAUACUUACAGUGUGUCCAAGUCUGCUGUGAUAGGAAUUGUUAGGUCUGUUGCAGCCGAGCUCUGCUCAUAUGGAAUUCGGGUCAAUAGCAUUUCGCCUUUUGCCAUUCCAACUCCAUUUGUGAUGGAAGAAAUGAAAUUGAUUUACCCGGGUAUUGAUGCUUCAAGACUGACUCAAAUAGUACACGGUGCUGGUGUCUUGAAGGGAGCAGUUUGUGAGGAAGAUGACAUAGCUAAUGCUGCACUCUAUCUGGCAUCGGAUGAUGCCAAGUAUAUCAGUGGCCAUAAUUUGGUAGUAGAUGGAGGUUUUACAUCAAUGAAGAAUCUUGGAUUUCCUGCACCAGAUCAGCUGCAAUAAGAAUUACAUUGUUAAAUGCUCUUUUGAAAUGACUUUAUAAUCAUAAACAUGGAAUGAUGCUGGUACGAAGACAGAUAAGCCAGUGAAAACAUCUGCUGGUUCCUGGGAGUGUUUGCCUUUUAUUAUUUUCAGCUCAAUUGGCUUAUAAGUUAUAAGCUGGUUUGAUCAGAACGUAAGUCAUUUGAAUGUGUGGCUUGACAUUAUUUACUAAUAUGUCUAUGGCUUAUAGGCCAAAAGGAAAUAAGCUACCAAAACUACUAAUAGACUCAAAAAGAAAAUCACCCAGUUCUACUUGUUUUGGCAUUAAUCCUUCCUCUCAUAGACAUCUUGAUAUAAAGUUAACAAUAGAUUGAGAAGGAAAUAUAAAAUAAAACUCUCAGAUAAAAUAACUGCAUAGAGGAAUAGCAGAUUUAGCCAGUAACAUAAGCCUUCCAGGAUAUUGGAUUAUGACUUCUCAAUUCGAUCUAUGAUUAAGUUAACUGCUGCAUUUGCUGAUGUGAAGGCCCCAUGAAAACUCUCUUGAUAGGAAAUGGAUUCUAAUUCUCCUACCAUCUUCAACAAAAUUACACCCAGGUCUGUUUCUUUCUCUAGCAAUGAUUCAUAGUACGAGCGCGCAGCAACCUUACUGAUCUCCAGGUUAGUUGGCUCCGGGCAAUACUCAUCAUCCAACCAUUUAUGCAGCGUAAUCCUCAGCCACUCUGAUUCCUGCAGGGUUCCUUAAAAAUUGGAAGUAUGAAGCUUACCAGCAACUAGAAAGAACGCAACUAAUUGUGCAUACUGAUUUUCUUUCUAAACCAUCAUAUGGACCAAGCCAUCUACUGUCAACAAUCCUGAAGUUUUAAGAAAAUGAAAAGGAAAAGAAAAGGCAUGAAUAUGCCACAAUGAUCAGAGAUCGUCAUAUGCAUGUUAUGAAAUUUCCAGUAGUUAAUUGUGGUUUAUAUCCAUUCCCAGCUAAAUCAGGGUUUGACUUACUACUAGUCAUGGUCAAGGGAAUUACAAAAGCUUGGAUCUAAAACAAAUGCAGAGAAAAUUUGAUGGGUUUGGAAUUAGAUUUUUGAUUUCUUUGAUGUAUGUUGGGUUUUUCCCCCUUCCUUUCUCUUGCCUGCCUGAGUCUGAUAGGAAGGAGCAGAAUUGAUGGAAGAGGUGCUAUAUUUGUUGGGUUCUGAGUUCUGUGACUGGAAAAGAGUAGCAAAGCUUUUAAAGAUCAUUUUCGAUCUCCUAUGUUCCUACGGGAUAGAUUGAUGUCUUUUGCUUGCUUUUGAUCAAAACUCAUUACUUCUUCCAAGGAAUUUAUUCCAAAAUAACACAAAUGCCCAGCAGAAAAGGCAUAAGACGUA